AUGUCAUUCUGCUGGAAUUGGGCAGCUCUGCUCCUUCUACUAGUACUGACCCCUGACCUGCUUCCCACCCACCUCAUCAACACCCGACCCCUCCUCACACAUGCCAUCCCCACCUCCCCGACGGUCACACACCCCAAGAUCCAAUAUGUUACUGGCGUGGGCUUUGACUACGACGAAGAUGACUACACUGAAGAGAAUGCUUCCCAUUCCCCUCCCAAUUACAGCAAAACCUCAUCAGCUUCUACUCUGGUUCCGAUGCAGCCCAAGCCCUGUGACUACCACCCCUGCCAGGACAACCAGAUACCCUGCUCCCAGCUCUCUGCCCAGACCGGGUGCCUCUGCCCUGGGCUAAGCGGGGUAGACGAGCCCCCUCACGCUCCACACCUCCAGAAGCUAGUGCCAGGCACUGAUGGAGGGGCAGAGGUACGGUGGUGCGCUCCAGCCUCUGUGGUAUCUGGAUACCGGGUCGUGAUCGAAGAUCGAAAGGGAGCGCCUCUCCAGUUCCGGGGUGAUUCUCGGAGCGGGGUGCUGGGGGAACUAGAGGCAGGUGUCAAGGUGUGUGUGGAGGCAGUGAACAUAGCGGGAACCAGCGCCCCCUCUGAGCUCUCCUGCCUGCGCUACGACCCCCCUGAGGCCACCAACCUGGCCCUAAGGGCGGGGGUCAUCGGAGGGGGUCUGGGAUUUCUCCUGCUCCUCUCCUUGGUCGCCCUGGUCCUCUGGAGGCGACAGACGUGUAAAACAGGGGAAAACUCUGCAGAGGGGCUGGGGAACCCCUCCUACAGCACGGAGGGAACGCUGUGA